AGCCCCCAAUCCACACGUCCAUGUUAUUUUCAAGCGUAUCAUUUUCCACAAAAACAAACAUUUUCACGCGGAUUCAUACUGUAUUAAAGCAACAUUCUUAAAAUAUAAAUUAAGGAGGACAAUAUAUCAAUUUUCUUAUUACAUAUACUUUUGUUUUAUAUCGAUAAAGUAUAGCUCAAAACAAGCACUAGAAUAUUGUUUUUUACUUCUAAUACACAUUCACUAGCUAAUUGCAAAAUGAGGACAUAUAUCAUGUUUCUUCUCUAUUUUGCUACGUUGUCAACAACAGUUGCUCUUGCUUUGAGUUUGAGUUCAGUGACUGACAAACAUGCUUUGCUUUCUUUGAAAGUAAAGCUUACUAAUGGUGAACCUGAUUAUCUUCCAUCAUGGAAUGAAUCUCUUCAUUUUUGUGAAUGGGAGGGUGUUACAUGUGGUCGACGCCACAUGAGAGUCUUUGUCUUGCAGUUGGAAAAUCAAAAUUUGGGCGGUACUCUUGAACCGGCCUUGGGAAAUUUAACAUUUCUCAAAAAACUCAAACUUUCCAACAUCAAUUUGCAUGGUGAAAUUCCAAGAGAAGUUGGUCGUUUGAAAAGGUUGCAAGUUCUUGACUUGAGCAAGAACAAGUUUCAUGGUAAGAUUCCUAUUGAGCUAAGCAAUUGUACCAAUAUUAAGGAAAUUAUCUUGUUGUACAAUCAGCUCACUGGACAUAUUCCAUCAUGGUUUGGUUCUAUGAUGCAGCUUAAUAAGUUGCUUCUUGGAGCAAAUAAUUUAGUGGGUACUAUUCCACCUUCUCUAGGAAAUAUUUCAUCACUCCAAAACAUAACAGUUGCAAGAAAUCAAUUGGAAGGAAGCAUACCUCGUGUCUUGGGUAAGUUGUCAAAUUUGAAAGAGCUAAAUUUGGGUUCAAAUAACUUUUCUGGAGAAAUUCCUUAUUCUCUUUACAAUCUGUCAAAUAUUCAAGUUUUUGUCCUUGGAGAAAACCAGUUUUUCGGUUAUCUUCCAUCAAAUAUACAUGUUGCUUUCCCCAGCCUUCGAGCCUUCUUGGUCGGAGGGAACCACUUUGUCGGAACUUUUCCAUGUUCAAUAUCCAACCUCACUAAAUUGCGAUGGUUUGAUAUAUCAUGGAAUGGUUUUAAUGGGCUAAUACCUCCAACUUUGGGAUCCUUAAGCAAACUUCACAGGUUUCACAUUGGAAAUAAUAAUUUUGGGAAUGGAGGAGCUCCCGAUUUGGAUUUCCUUUACUCGCUAACCAAUUGUACAGUAUUGCAAGAACUAAUGUUGGAUGACAAUAGAUUUGGUGGCGUAUUGCAAGAGCGUAUAGGCAAUUUUUCCAACCAUCUCACUUGGCUUAGUAUGGCAAGUAACCAAAUAUCUGGAAGAAUACCAGAAGGAAUUGGACAACUGAUAGGUCUAACAGGUUUUAACAUGAAGAAAAAUUUCCUUGAGGGAACAAUUCCAUAUUCUAUUGGAAUGUUGAAGAAUAUAGUAAUAUUGGUCUUACAAGAAAACAAUUUAUUUGGUAACAUCCCUAUUGUAAUUGGCAAUCUUACUGUGUUGUCUGAGCUUUACUUGCAUACCAAUGAAUUAGAAGGAAGCAUUCCAUUUACUCUUAGAUAUUGCACAAAGUUGCAAUCAUUUGGUGCUUCUGACAACAACUUGAGUGGCAAUAUACCUAAUCAAACAUUUGCCUAUCUAAAAGAUUUAAUAAAUCUUGACUUGUCCAAUAACUCGUUAACCGGUCUCAUUCCUUCAGAUUUUGGUAACUUGAAGCAACUUUCCAUAUUGUAUCUGUAUGCAAAUAAGUUGUCAGGUGAAAUUCCUGAUGCACUUGCUGCUUGUUUGACACUAACAGAGCUUGUGUUGCAGAGAAACUUUUUUCAUGGAAGUAUACCUUCCUUUUUGGGCUCCUCAUUAAGAUCCCUCCAAAUCCUAGACCUUUCUAGCAAUAACUUCUCAAGCAUAAUCCCUCGUGAACUAAAAGAUUUGACAUCAUUGAGUAUAUUGAACUUGUCUUUUAACAAUCUCUAUGGUGAAGUUCCUGUUGGAGGGAUUUUUAAUAACAUCACAACAAUUUCACUCGUUGGAAAUAAAGAUCUUUGUGGGGGAAUACCUCAACUGAAACUCACUGCAUGCUCAAGAUCACCUUCAAAGAGACACAAAGGGUCUUUUAAAGUUAUCUUCAUCAUUAUAAUUGGCGGGGUUUUAAUCUCUUUUAUAGUGUUUAUCACUAUAUGUUAUCUAAGGAAAAAGACAAGAAAGUUACUUUCUUCCCCAUCUCUGCAAAAUAGCCACUUGGGGAUUUCUUAUCGAGAGCUACAUGAAGCAACCAACGGAUUUUCUUCAUCAAAUUUGAUAGGCACGGGAAACUUUGGUUCUGUAUACAAAGGAUCCCUUAUCCAGUUUGAAGGACCUAUUGCGGUAAAGGUGUUGAAACUUGAAACACAUGGGGCAUCUAAGAGUUUUUUGGCUGAAUGUAAAGUUCUUGAAAAGGUUAAACAUCAAAAUCUUCUCAAGCUCUUGACAUUUUGUUCAAGUGUUGAUUAUAAUGGUGAAGUUUUCAAGGCUAUAGUUUAUGAGUUUAUGCCUAUGGGGAGUUUAGAAUAUGUGAUGCACAACGAUAAACAACUCGAAUUGAGAAAUCCAAAUAUCAACUUUACGCAAAGUGUAAGUGUUGCCCUGGAUGUAGCUCACGCAUUGGAUUAUCUUCACAAUAGUUUUGAGCAAGUUGUCGUUCAUUGUGAUAUUAAGCCAAGCAAUGUUCUACUUGAUGAUGAAAUGGUUGCCUACUUAGGAGAUUUUGGGUUAGCUAGGUUCCUUCAUGAUGCGACGAUGAUUUCAAGUAAUGAUCAUGGUAGCUCCUAUGCAGUUAAGGGAACCAUUGGAUAUGUUCCCCCAGAGUAUGGAUUAGGUGGCCAACUAUCACCACAAGGAGAUGUCUUCAGCUAUGGAAUCCUUUUGUUGGAGAUGCUAACCGGAAAAAGACCAACUGAUUGCAUGUUUGGUGAGGGUCUAAGCCUACACGAAUUCUGUAAGAAGGCAAUUCCAGACAAAAUCACAGAGAUAGUGGAUUCACGGUUGCUUGUGCCAUAUGUCGGCGAACAGACAGAGGUUAUUGAAGGCAACUAUCGCAAAAGUUUGGUGUCCUUUGCUAAGAUUGGAGUAGCAUGUUCAGUAGAAUUCUCCGCUCAGCGAAUGAACAUAAAAGAUGCUAUAACAGAAUUGCAUGCAAUUAAACAGAAUUUGGCACUCUGAGCCAUUGAUAUGAUAAAAAAUAAGUUGUGUUCACCUGCCUGGAGACUCUCAGCUGGAAAAGUCUGUGUCUGGUAUCUUGUUUUUCUCAGUUGUUGGUGUUUUCACCACACUUCAAUUCCUACGUGGUGAAGAAACAUCCCUUAGAGUUCCACUUUAACCAGUCUCUAUGAUAUAUAUCUAAUAAAAUCCUUGUAUCAGUGUCCACUAUACUAUUUAUACCUUUUAAGCCUAUACAAAUCGAUAGUAGUAACUUA